AUGGAUCUCCUGAUACAUGCUUCUGCUUUUCGGUUGGGCGUUAAGAAGUCUGGAAUCAAGUUGCCGUGGGAGAAAGAGCCUCUGAACCCCGUUUUUGCAAAAAGGGCUAGGUUGAUACCACCACCUGUCUAUGUGCCGGAGCUCACAUCGCAAGAACAGAAGGUGGACAUCCCACGUGCUGGAACUGAAGGCCAGAUAAGAUGGUCGCGGAAGACCUCUUUGAUCCCUUGGCCAAUUGCUCAAGAUCGAGCUCUUGCAAGGGCGCUGGAAGCAUGGAGAAUCAUCCUCAUGGACAAUUUGCAGGGAUCCAUGGUUGGCAAACAAAUUGAAGAUGCACUUGCUGGAGACCCUCAGUCACCGUCAGUUGAGAAGACCAUUUCAGAUGUACUCUCUGGCAAAUCAAUUUCGACCUUAAGGGCAAGGUCUUCAUCGUUGCUGACUUAUGGUAGAUGGAGAAAAGGUUUAACUCCAGAUGCGCCGAUUUUUCCAAUUUCGGAAGUGCAGGCAUAUGCAUAUGUGCGUGAACUCAGGGAACACAAUGCACCUCGUACCAGGGCGACGAGAUUUCUGGAAGCUGUUUCCUUUGCACACCAUUUGCUAGGAGCCGACGUUGGGAACACCUUGAAGUCGUCCAGAGUCAAAGGUGCAGCGACUGUUCACUUAGUUGUUCCGAAGAAGAAGACCCCGCUGACCAUUCCACAGGCUCCUGUGCUGAUGGCAAUGGAUGCAGCAGCAACAGCCAUCGAUCAAGGUCUUUUUGAUCCAGACGUGUCCAGAGCUAAGCGUUGGCCUCGAAAGGGUUGCAACUCUUUACAAGCUGUCAUGCAGUUUCUUGCAAACAUUGAUGCUGAAGAUUUUUGGUAUCAGAAUCAGUGUCCAGCAUUCGAACCUGACCUGAGUCAGACUGAUGACAUACAGGAAGGCAUGGGCUUCGUUGGUACGCUGUCUGAACCCUAUUCUCCUUCUCACUCUGAUGGCAGUUGGUCUGGUGUUGAGUCAAUUUCUUCCAUCAGUGAAUUGAGUGAGAAACCAUUGCUUGGUAGGGAUCUCGUUUCUUCGGACGAGGAGCGCGAGGCCGAAGUGGCCGCACCAAUAGUAGGUGAGGAGCUUGCAGUGUCCAUAGAGCAAAACAUAGAUACGGAAGUGUUCAGACAUGUCUUCAGCGGUUGUUGCCACAUUGCACGAAACGCCAACACUGACCCUGAUGAUGGCGAUGCUAUCCAGCUGAAGUGCGGAAAGCUGGCAACUAAGAAUUUUGAGAAGGUGCGUUUGGCAGAAGAGUCCCAGAGGGAGCUGCUCCAAGCAUCCAGCGGUAGAGCGACGAGCAUUGGAGUCCCAGAAGAUGUUCUGGCUGCGAUGGCAUUGAAAGGCUUCAAGACUGGACCUGCUGGUGAACUCCCGUUGGACAUCCAUGUGAAACAGAUCUUAGAUGGACCUGAGCUCAAAUGGAUGCUCAUGCCAUUGCCAAAGAGAGCAGCAGGGAAGCCCGCAACAGAGGGGCCAGCCAAACCCUCGAACGAUGCAGAUCCAAAAAGGAACAAAGCAGAGCCGAACAAGACCAAGCAGGACUCGUUGAAGCUCAAGCGGCUGAAACGAACACCCAUGCCAAAGAAGUUGGUCGGCUGUGUUCCGUGCAAUGACGAAGGCGUGGCCAAGCUCAAAGUUCAAGCUGCAAACCGUUUAUACUCAUUUGCAAGAAGGGUCAUUAGUUUGUGCGUGGACCUGGACAUCCCUGUCAUUUGCGAGAACCCACGCCGGUCUUUGAUGUGGAAGACCGAUUAUUUCAGUGACUUGCCAUCAGUUUGCCGCUUUCAACACAUCCACUCCUGCAUGUACGGCGGCAAACGAAAGAAGAGGACUUCAUUUCUUUUGAAUUUCCAUGCACAAAAUUUGUUACUGGAAUGUGAUGACAAGCAUCAACAUUUGCCUUGGGGUCUUGUACAAGAUGAUGUUUCUUCUGAGAUUAAGUUUUCGACCAGUCUAGAGACAGAAUACCCUGCGGGGUUAUGCAAGCAACUGGCAUCAGCUUUUUUGGAUAGAAUGCUACAGCAGGGCAAAGAUAUUGCCCAAACACCACUCCAAAUGGAACAAGCUCAGCGCAUGGGUUCAGGCUUGCAACCACGUGGAGGACGUGCACCACUUCUUUUGGGAGACUUCAAGUUUAAAAUUGAUGUGACCUCCGAGAAUGUGGACAUUCCUUCCCAAAUCAGUGAAUCAGUGCACCCUCCAUUCCAGGGUAUUCCUAUCCAUUCAAAGCUGAUUUCUUCUCGAUAUGUGUCUGAAGUGGGGGAUGAGGGCGAGAAGAGAACUCGGUCGAUAUCUACUUUUGGAGUUUUCAGGUCUCCUUUUGAAUUUCUACACAGGGCAUUGACCCUUGAACACCCUCUGGACAACCCUCACAAUGUGGACAAAUGCAAUUUGAAAGCAAUUUUAUUUAUAAGAGACCACAGUGCUUCAGAGGUUGUUCAGUUCAGAGCAAAGCAACUCAAGAAGUACACGUCACGGGCCGCUCAGUUGGGUGCGGAAGAACUUCAGUUUAAGAAGACGCUGGAUGGUGACGUAGCAAGAGUUUUGGAAGGGAAGAGACUUUUACUUUUUAAGGAGAUGGCAGUUGACGCCAAUGUUGGCGAUGAGACCCUGUUCCAGGAGUUAACGGAAGGAUUCAGGUUGACUGGUGAGAUGCCUCAAUCAAAACAAUUUCCUGCGAAGUUGAAACCAGCGUUGAUUUCAGUUCAACAACUCAGAGAAUCUUCCGUUUGGGCAAAGAAGAUGAUCCACUCCUCUUGCCGCAGGGUUGGUGCAGAUCCUGAGAUUGCGAAGGCGGUGUUCGAAGAGACGCAACAGCAACUGAAGGAUGGAUGGGUACGUGGUCCUUUUUCGGCCGCUGAUUUGGAUCUGAAAUAUAAUGGAUGUUGGGUGCCUUCCAAGCGUUUCGGAGUGCGGCAGGGAGGAAAAAUUAGAGCAGUGGAUGAUUUUUCAGAAUUUUUGAUCAACGCAUCGGUCACCUCUACAGAGAGACUGCAGUUGUUUGGUUUGGAUGAGGUCGUCAACACUGCACGAACUUUUAUUGGCUGCGAUUUUCUUAGGGCUGAUGACCUUUUGGAAAAUUUGUGGUGUGACCCGGCCGUGCGUUUCUUUAAGGGCCCCUGGACUGACAUCAUGGGAAGCCCUUUAGUACUCCUUGACGAACAGCUGAAGCAUGUCAUUGUGAGAGCCAUGCACUGUUUGGUCAACUCCAAGCCAAGGCGUGUGGAAGCAUGGUCUGGAAGG